AUGGGUCAAAUUGCUCUUUCUGUUGCAACAAUUCCGAAAAGUGGACUGCCAAAAGAUCUCCGACUUCUCAAGCAACAGUUCAAUAUUAUGUUGGUGUCUUUUGAAAACGCAGGCAUCAGUCUACCGCCAUUCCGUCAACUACACUACUUUGAGACCUCGUCAUUCUUGUUCGAGUUGCUAAAGAAAUUCUAUUUUGGUAUUUUUUUGGAACUUCAAAAGAAAGUGAUGAACGUCGGCUUUUACCUGGAUGCUUUUGGAAACCCAGCUGGCUUUGUGACGGAUUUGAAAGACUUUUUCGCGGGUCUCUUUAUUGAGGGGGACGUGCUUUUUCAGAUUCCAUGUUAUGGUGGCUGGCGCAAAGAAGCUCUACGGAUUCCGCGUAUUCGUCGCCUCGUGUGUGCUCACAACGGUAACGAUAGGUUUUGUGCUAUGGGACGAGCAGAAUCAACGGAAUCGACGACAAGAAGGCGUUCGACAACGAUUGAAAAGCGUGCAACAACAACAGAACAUGACCGAUUACGCUAUGCAGAAACAAAAAUA